AUGGAAACAUGGAAGACGGCACGAAAUCUCUUUUGGAGUAUGGCACAACUCAUGACUGCCCAGGCGAAGGAAUGGCUGAGAGAUGAAGGUUCUGGCUCAUUUGACACAUGGGAUAAAUUGGUGAAGGCUUUCCUAGUCAAGUUCUUGGGACAGGACAAGACUGCAAGGUUGAGAAACGAGUUAUCUACUUUCAGGCAGUCAGAUGAUGAGUCCCUAUAUGACGCAUGGAGGAGAUUUAAGCGACUACAGAGACAAUGCCCUCACCAUGGUAUUCCUGAAUGGAUGUUGAUCCAAACCUUCUACAAUGGUUUAACACAUGAGUUCCGAAUCUACAUUAAUGCUGCAUCUGGGGGUUUUCUAUUGACUAAGAACCCAACUGAGGCGAAGGAACUAGUUGAGAAGAUGGCAACCAAUGAUAACUAUCACCCAGGAGGCCGAAACAGUGUGAAAAAGAGUGGUAAAUUAGAUGUUGAUGCUCUAACUCUUUUGACUAGCUCUGUGCAGGCAUUGACAAGCAAGUUUGAUAGACUCCAAGCAGGAAUAUCCGCUAGCUUACCUGAGACUUGUCAAAUGUGUAAUGUGCAAGGCCACAUUGCACCCAAUUGCCCACAAAAUUCAAAUGACAUGUCGAUUAAGGAAGCCAAUGCAUUCAACACUUCUAACCCCAAAAGGCCAUAUGACCCCCAUUCUAACACAUAUAAUGAAGGUUGGAAGAAUCACCUAAAUUUUUCCUACAAGAAUACCCAAGCCCAACAAAAUCCACCUCCACCGCUACCUGGAACCAACAACUACAAUGCACCACCUGGUUUCCAACCAAGGCCACCUCCAGUCCAACAACCUAUGCAACCACCUCCUCAAAAAUCCAACCUUGAACUAAUGUUGGAAAAUUUUAUCACCAAAACCAACAAUUCCAUCCAACAAAAAAAUAGUUCCAUACAACAGUUACAAGCCCGGAGUAAGCUCAUGGAAAAUCAGAUAAGUCAACUUGCUCAUCAAGUUGGCCAAUCUUUAAAGACACCGGUCACUUUUCCGGGUCAGACAGAGCAACCACAAGAGGGGCAUAUGAAUGCUGUAAUUUUGAGGAGUGGAAAGCAAUUAGAAGAACCUCCUAUCAAGGAGCCAUCAAAGGAGGUUGUUGAAGGGGCAGGAGAAAGUGAGAAGGUGAUUGAUAGUCCGAUGAUCAAGGAAGAGCCAAAGGAAGCAACUCCACCACCACCUCUUGUUCCAUAUGUGCCAAAGGCUCCUUUUCCGCAGAGGUUAGCCCAAGCCAAGUUAGAGAAAAAGUAUGGAAAAUUUUUGGAUAUUCUGAAAAAGCUUCAUAUUAAUAUUCCAUUCUUAGAUGCAAUAUCCGAGAUUCCAUCUUAUGCAAAAAUUUUAAAGGAUAUGCUCUCUAAUAAGAAAAAGCUAGAAGAGAAUGCUACAGUUGCAUUGACUGUAGAGUGUAGUGUAAUUUUGCAAAACACACUUCCUAAGAAAUUAGGCGAUCCAGGUAUCUAUUCAAUUCCAGUGAAACUUGGAGAUAUUGAGAUUAAUAGGGCAUUAUGUGAUCUUGGUGCAAAUGUGAGUCUUAUGCCACUUUCUAUCUGUAAGAAGCUUCAAAUGGGUAAACUUAAGCCUACACGCAUAUCUCUACAACUUGCAGAUAGGUCGGUUAAGUUUCCCUGGGUGUACUUGAGGAUGUGCCUCUUUGCGUGGGAAAGUUCUUUAUUCCCUGCGAUUUUGUUGUGA